AUGAGCGCCUACCGCGGGCUGCGGGUGUUGGGUCGUCGGGGCGUGUGGGCGGUGGGCGCGCGGAGGGGCCCGGGGCCCCGCGCCGAGGUGGAGGGGCCCGGGCCCGCGGGCGGCGGCGGCGGCGGCGGCGGCGGCGGGCCCGGGGGCUUGGGCUUCCGCCCGUCGCGGGUGGCCGUGGUGGCCAAGACCACCCGCUACGAGUUCGAGCAGCAGCGCUACCGCUACGCCGACCUGUCGGAGGACCGGCUGAGGCAGCUGCUUGCAUUGAAAGGAUCCAGCUAUAGUGGACUGCUGGAACGGCAUCAUAUUCAUACUAAAAAUGUGGAGCAUAUUCUAGAUAGUUUACGGAAGGAGGGAAUUGAGGUGCGUCUAGUGAAAAGGAGAGAAUAUGAUGAAGAAACUGUUCGAUGGGCAGAUGCUGUGAUAGCUGCAGGAGGUGAUGGAACAAUGCUGCUGGCAGCCAGUAAAGUUUUGGACAGACUUAAGCCAGUUAUUGGAGUAAAUACCGAUCCAGAACGAUCCGAGGGUCAUUUGUGUUUGCCGGUGCGAUAUACACACUCCUUUCCAGAAGCCCUAAAGAGGCUCACGCAUGGUGAGUUCAGGUGGCUUUGGAGGCAGCGAAUCAGGAUGUACCUUGAAGGGACUGGCAUAAACACAGUCCCCGUAGAUCUACAUGAACAGCAGCUGAGCCUGGAUCAACACAGCAGAGCCCUCAACAAUGCAAGAAUCCAGGAUAAAACAAAAAUGGAAGACUUGAAGACAGGGUCAUCAUCAGAGUCUGAGAUUUCGGGGCCACAGCUUUUACCAGUGCGAGCAUUAAAUGAAGUCUUCAUUGGGGAGAGUCUGUCAUCCAGGGUGAACUAUAAAUCCUGCAAAUCCAGUUUUACAUUCUCACUUCAUAGGGCCUCCUACUAUGAGAUCUCCGUUGAUGACGGUCCCUGGGAAAAGCAGAAGAGUUCAGGACUCAAUUUGUGUACUGGGACAGGAUCAAAAGCUUGGUCGUAUAAUAUCAACAGGGUAGCCACCCAGGCUGUGGAAGAUGUUCUGACUAUUGCUCAGCGCCAAGGGAAUCUGAAUAUUCCUCUGAGCAGGGAGCUAAUAGAGAAAGUAACAAAUGAGUACAAUGACUCUCUACUCUAUAGUCCAGAAGAGCCAAAGAUGCUUUUCAGCAUUCGAGAACCUAUCGCAAAUCGUGUUUUCUCAAGUAGCCGUCAGCGCUGUUUCUCAUCAAAGGUUUGCGUACGUUCUCGUUGUUGGGAUGCCUGUAUGGUUAUUGAUGGAGGAACUUCUUUUGAGUUUAAUGAUGGAGCAAUUGCUUCGAUAAUGAUUGAUAGAGAAGAUGAACUACGAACUGUGCUGUUUGAACAGUGAAGGACUUAACUCGGCUCACAUUAGGAAACGCCGAGCCCCACAGGAAAAGAUAUUCCCUGCAGAAAUGGGCCGCGUGAUUUUUGGUCUUGAGGUUCUUUUCUGGGGAAAAAGAACCAGAAAAGGGCAGGGAUUUAAAGCACUCUUCUCUUUUCCAACUGUGGCAAAGAAUUUUGAAGAAAGUUAGGUCAUCAUCCAAGUAAACGUGGAUUGGAGUGAGCUGGAAAUUUUGGAAUUGGUGUCAGUGAAGUGUCUGUUUCGCCUACAAAGCGUAGAGUCACAAUACCUUCUUAUAUUUAGGGAGGUAGACUCAAAUGGCAAAAAGUUUAGGAUUGAAGAAUUAACCAUACAGAGUGUUCUUCUCUCCAUCCCACCCCAGCCCCAGCUUUCUUUGAUUUAUUAAACUACAUACACUUAUCCAUCAUGCAUAUUAUUUUUGUAUAAGCAGUGUGAAUGCCAAGAUCCGUUACUUUGGUGAUGAGGGUUGGGAAUUUUGCUACAACCCACCAUUUGAUUAACUGAUAAAUGGGAUCUUUUUAAACAUCCUGAGGAUUGUCCAGUUUCUGUGUACAUUUUAGAGAGCAUGGUGGUGAGAAUCAGCCUUUUUUCCUCUUCAGCUCUUUGGGACAUUGAAAUUCUGUCAUUCCUUUCUCUGAUCCUCAUCUGCCUCCCCACCUCUCCCCCCGAAAAAACAAUCCUUACUGUGGGCAAGGCAUCUCUUUUCUGGCCGUCCUUGUCUUUUAUUAGAAGGAAUACUUCCACUUAAACUACAUCUGUAAUCAGGUGGUUUGGCACAUUUUUGGUCAGAAAUGAGUUUGUGAAAAUCUGUAUGCUAGCAUUGAUGCUUAAUUGCUCCAAGACAGACUUUAUCUGGUCAAAGAAAAUGUUAUAUUUUAACCUGGGUAAUGUUUUUUUUUUUUUUCAGAAAUUAAAUGUUUUUAAAGUUAACUGCAAAUUAGACUAUUUUAUUCAGUUUUUGGCAAAGCCUGUUUAUAUUUCAAUCUAGGGUUUAUCAAGUAGAAGAAAACUUGAGAAAUAAACCAAGCAUACCCCAUCUUCUUAUAACAAUAUACAUGUAUCAAGACUUUACCUAAAGUUUUGCAGUUUUCCCAUAGAAGCUAGUGGUAAGGACGAUUUUGUGUCUUUGACUUCUUUUCUUCCCCUAUCCUGAGUUGCAGGAAAAUAUAAAAAUAAGUCUACAAGAGAACUGAUUCUAAAUUCACAAGGCAAUAAUUUCUUGUAAUUUAUCCCCAGAUAUAAUUUUUUCACCAAAUUUCCAUUUCAGCUGAAGAUUUUUUUUUUAAGGAAAGUUAGCUUCAGUUGUGAUACUUAAUGUUCACAGAAUUAAGGGGAUUAAAUAUGUUUUGAGAUGCUUUGCAUUUUCUUUUGUAUGCCAUUGGAGCUUUUGAGACUUUGUGUUUUUUUUAAGACGUCUGACUGCAGAAGAAGUGUGAUUUGUUGAAACCAUAUGUGUCUUCAAAUGGUGGUGAAGUUAGCACUAUAGCUGUGCCAAUUUUGCACUUAAAAUGAUCAAUUGCAGGAAUAUAUUUCACCUUCUGCUAUACAAGACAGCCUCUUUUUAAUGUAUGUCUUAAGUCCACUGUGAAAAACUUCCCAAAUCUUCAUGUAUUUUUGAGAUGCCUUCUUGAUGGAGAAUCCUCCACAUCUACUUUUAGAAUCUCAAAAAAUUCCGAACUGCUCAUGACAGGAUGGAAUAAUUGUUAUACCGAAUCUGUUAAAAUACAUUUGAGCUGAAUGUCUUCAAAAAUGCAUAACAAACCAUAUCGAAAAGGUGUUUUAAAAUGUUAAACAUUUCAACCUGGGUGCUUCUUUUGGAGGAAAGUGGUGUCAAGAGUAACUAAAUCUGUGGUUUUUCAUCAUU